AUGAUAAGCAACGAACUGCACUACCUCAAGUACAUCGUGGGAGACAUAUUCGGACAAUGCUGCAGCGAGAUCGUAGAGCUGAUUCUGCUGUAUGGAAAUAAACUCACAAUUAAUGAAAUUAUAAAUUUGUCAAAUUACGAAUUUAGCAUCGUCAGGAACAUGUUACUUUGCUUGCUCAUUCAUAACAUCAUCGACUUCCGGAUUAUGUAUGGCAAGUCGCAUGAAUGCAGUCACGUGGCGUCUGAUGGGAAGAGGGUGGGUUUUCUGCCGGACGAAAGGAUGGAACAGCGUGGCCAGGCCACGGUAGAAGAACCGAUAGAGGCAGUGUAUGAGUUGGGCACGACAGCACCCAUAGAGGGAGUCCAAGGUGAUCAAGCUGGUGAAGUAGUAGACGCAACAGAGGCUGAGGAGGAACCACAAAAUGAUCCCCCCAUGGGCGAUGCCCAUGGCGACGCAGAGGACGAUGCCGACACGCAGGACGAAGCCACGGCGGAACGACGCAGCAAAAACAAACUGAGCGAAGAAAUGCGCCUGUUGACCUACCACGGAAGCUACAAGUACAUGAAGGGCUGUAGCUGCUCCUCUUGCAUUUGCAAAAUUAAACGGGUGGAGUACUGGGUUGUCGUGAAUAAUAUUUACGCCCUUCUUAGAUACUCUUCCAUAUUUUACUACAUGCACCCAACGCGCGUCAAAAGUGGAGGCACUAGUGACUCACCAGAAUAUUACCACUUCUCUGGCACCUCCUCUGCCCUUGACUCAAUCCCUAACAGUGCUCCAGCUAAGAAUAAGGGAAAAAAUGUGACCAUGUCAAACGAUGCUGCUUUCGCUCCCACGGGAUCGCACCAUAUUAUGAGCUACAACUUUUUCACAUCAGACAUGAUACACGAUAAUAACAGUAGCACUGCCCCAGAAGAGGAAGACAACAGUGCUGAGGAGGGAUCUUCCAAAAAGGACAUUAUACACUUCAUCGAAAAGGUUAUCCUCUUAAGAGUAAUUAAAAAUGGAAGAAUCACAAUUGACGCGUGUGUAAAUAAUUUGAAACAUGAUGAUUACGUAGAAGUGUGUAAAAAGGAAAUCCCAAAUAUAAAAAAAAAAAAACUAAAAUUAAUUUUUUUACAGUUGUUAAAAAAAAAAUAUAUAAAAAAGUGUAAGUAUUUUAAUGAACAUACUUGUGAAAAUGACACAAAUGAUAAUGAACAUACUAGCAAGUAUGAUCACUCAAUAAAUUAUGUCAACGCCAACGUCGAUCCCUCACCGUAUGCGAAUAACUAUGCCGCUCUAUAUCACCCCAAUCGAAAUAACCAUGUGAGCAUGAACAGAGUGGAGGCAAAUGCCCAAAGGGCGAACCCAGCCUGUUACAUCAAGGGUAAAGCGCCCACUCCUCAUACGGCUCACCCCAACCACCAAGAAUUAAACCAAACCAGCAGCCUUUUAAACGUUACUCCAUUUGACAAGCACAAUCAACACUCCAACGAGUCGUUCAACAGCUCCAGUGAUAGUUUCCUUUUCGCACCAGUCGAUAAUGUAAAUAGCAUGUGCGGAUACAAUCCUGCAACGAACGCCUUCCCAAAUGACACCAAUAAACAGCGCACGAAAAUUACGAGAGAUGUGUUAGGUAUAUCUGACAAUGCGAAACGGAGGAAGACAAUGGAAAAUGAACCAGGGGGAAAUAACCCUUGUAGAAAUUUUACCAACAACGAUUUGUUCGAUAGGAAUAUAUUCUCCGUGAGUGGAGAAAGGAACAAAAGUUCGGACCCUCUUAGUAGUAGUAGCUACUUGAACGAGGAUAAUAACAGCUUCAUAAGUAGUGCUUAUACAGGCGGAGCAAGUUCCUAUCCAGGGAGUAAUUCAUACCUGGGGGUUGCAGGGGGAAGUUCCUGUCCGAGGAGUAGCACCCCCUUUGAUCGCUCCAACAUCAUGAACGUGCAAGCGACAGACCGCAAGAAUCACGCACCAAUGAACAAACAAAACCAGUACGACUAUUUCGACCCCAGGGAAAACACAGUGGACAGGUAUACAAAUAAGGAUAACAUGCAAAAUGACCUUCUAGACCAUCUGGACAACCGAUUUACAUACUUCCAAGCAAACAACGAAGUGUUAACCAUCCUGUACCUAAAGCAAGAGUGUUUUAACUUCAUAACACACUAUUAUAAUUUUAACGAAGUCGAAAAAGGCAUUUUUUUUUUCUUAUUAAAAAAUGUACAACUAAGUUACUGUGUUGAAGAGAAUAAUUACAAACACACACCCUCAUUUUGUACCUUUGAAAAUGUGGAAAAAUACGUAAUAGCCAAUUUUAAAAAAAAAAAUAUGUACAUGGACAGAAAUGUCGUCUUACAAAAUUUAAACAACUUAAUCAAAUAUCCAGACCAGUUG